AUGUCAUAUUGCUCCCAACUUCACAAAGUGCUCAAUUAUGAAGAUGCGGAAAAGGUGGUUACAUUUCUUGAGGAUAACCAACAGAGAGUGUUGAUUGGAGUUUCUGCUGUUGCAGCGAUGCUCCUAGUUAGAAUGGUGAGUGGAGGAGGAAAGAAAGUAAAGGAAAAUAGUCAGAGCAGAAGGAAGAAAAAACACCAUAAGCAUCGUAAGCACAAGAACAAACAGCAACAGUCCGUGACGGAGGCUUUGAAGCUUGAUCCGGUCGAUAUAUCGAAACUGGAAAUAUCCACUAUUAUGAGGGAAUUCGACAAUAAGUACGAGCCUAAGAUUAGGGCAUUUUUGGAGAAGAUAGAAGAGAGAGAAACAUCGAAGACUUCUAAGCGGACAGAUACUUCUGUGUCUUACAAGGAAGCAUUUCAGUACAAAUACCUCUACUUUAACGAGUCUCUUUUGAAGCUACUUAUGAGAUUAGAUGGAGUGGAGACACUUGGAAAGGAAGAAUUACGGAUUGGACGUAAAACCUGUAUCAAAAAGAUCCAGGAAGAAUGUAACAAACUUGACCGGUAUAAGGUGAGGAUUGAGAACUUGGCCAAACAGGGAGUGACUGCAUGA